ACGCGAUCGAUCAAGCACACCCUGCUGUCGUGUGUGGGCAUGGCCACCACCACCGCAAGAUCGUCGACGGUGGACUUGCUGCUCUACCUGUCGCUGUCGACGGCGAGCAAGGUGAUCGCCAAGGCCGGCGGCGGCAGGCACCACCACCGGGCGGACCGUGCGGACGGGGCGUUCCGGUGUCGCACCUGCGGCCGCCGCUUCGCCACGUUCCAGGCGCUCGGCGGCCACCGGACCAGCCACAACCGCCCGCGGGUGCGCGCCGACGGCCUCGACCUCCUGCUCGGCGCGCGCCCCGGCAAGGGGGCCGCCGGCGACGUCCACCGCUGCAACGCGUGCGGCAUGGUGUUCCCCACCGGACAGGCGCUCGGCGGCCACAUGCGCCGCCACCGGACGGCGGUGUUCGAUGUCGCCGACGCCGCCGUGCCGGAGACGACGACGACGACGUCGUUCAGCGGCAGCGAUGAUGACGAGGGCCAAUUGCCUAUUCAAUUAAUCAAGUUCAUAUGAUGAAUUGAAAGAUAGAUCAAAUUAAGUUUGGUUUGCUGCUUUGGUGUGGUUACUAAUUGCAUCAGGAUGAUAUUCAGGAAAAUUACACAACUUGAUCAGCCGAUGCACAUAUAUAUGCGCAGCGGCGGAGCCAGGAUCUAGAGCUAGGGGGCUCUCCUUUCCUUCUUCAUCCUCCCUCCUCUCAUUCCUUCUUCUUCCUCCUCAAAAUUUUCUCCUUCCUUCUUUUUCCUCCACAAAAUUUGUAGGGGAGGCUUCCAUGGAAGCCAAGGUGGUAGGGGGGGCUUGAGCACCCCCCUGGCUCCGCCACUGUAUAUGCGUGUCACAACGAUUGAAUGGUUGGUUACUGUAAUAAGAACUAAAUAGUAGUCUAGUA